ACGCGCAGCCACAGGACCUCUGGGGCCGGCCUUCGGGGACGCUCCCCGCCCCGGGCUUCCCCACCAAAGGGAGCGGGGAGACUGCGGGGUCCGACCUGGGGCAGUGUGCAAAGGCAGGCAGUGCGGGCUCUUUGUGUGUCCUUGAGUGCGGCUCCGCGCCGCCGCGGGCACCAUUUUCUGCUUCGCCCAGGACAGGCACAUAAAAGGAAGGCGGCUGCCGCCCGUCGCCGUCCUCUUUCCCUCAGAUGCCCUCUCUGCAGGUGUAGAGAGGAGAGAGAGUGAACAGGGAGCGGGGCUUUUGUCUGUUGGUCUCCCUGGACUGAAGAGAGGGAGAAUAGAAGCCCAAGACUAAGAAUCUCAAAAUGGUUCAUUACCCAGAGCUGUUGGUCUGGGUCAAUCAAGAACCAUUUCCAAACAAGGAGAUGGAGGGAAGGCUUCCUAAGGGAAGACUUCCUGUCCCCAAGGAAGUGAAUUGGAAGAAGGAUGAUGAGACAAACGCUGCCUCCCUGCCUCCACUGGGCAGCAAUGAACUCCGCUCCCCAAGAAUCAGUUACCUCCACUUUUUUUAAUCGUAACACCUCCAUUUGUAUUACAUAUGGUGUAUGGGUAUUGAUGAGGUCAUGGUAUCAUAUAUGGGAUUUUUUUCUGUGUAAAUCAUCAAGUAUAAGAAGAAACAACUAUGGGACUCUGAGCCUUGCUUUAGAGAAUUUACAGUGGACAAAUAGGUAUCAUCAAACCAGUUUUUAAUCAUUCUGACUCAAGUGAAAACGCUCAGAAUUUCACACUGUGAAUCCACGUUUACAACCCUUACAGGUGGGCCUUCAGGCCUGGUUCGCUACAACAAUGUCUUCCACAACUCAAACUCCCACCGCGCUCACACAACUGGUCCACUCCUGCCUUUUCACUCACACAGCUCCCGACUGCUUCUUGCAGAGGCUGAGAGUCCCCCCCCCCUUUUUUUUUCAUUUAGAUGUAACAAACCUAGUAGUUUAUGUUCAUCAAUUGUCUGUAUAUCUCUAUAUUUUAUCCAUGUACUCUUUUGAUGUAUAGAAGUAGUUUGAAACUCAUUGUUUCCUUGUGGUAAGUGACCGAGAUGCUGCCACAGGACCUGAGACACUGAUGAAUGGUGCUAUUUUGGACUUUCAACAUGCUCCUUGGCGAGGUAGCUCUGAUGGAGUUAUUUUUUAUUUCCAUGUUCUAAGAAGGUGUUGGUACUCUGUUUCCCUGAAUGUUGUUCUCUAGACUGGAUUGACUUGUUUUCCUUGUGUCUUCAGUGUGGCUUUCUCCCUCAGUGUUGUAGGUUGAGCAAAUGCUACCAGAGUGUGAGAGACGAUGUCUCGUUGGCUGGCACUUACAGACAUGCAGUCACGGUAGCGGGAGCAAUCACAAAACUGUAAUUUACUUACCAAAUCUCUUCCUUUCCGUAGCCUCGCCUGCCUGACUUAAAGAAAAGCAAUAAUUUUACAGGCAUUUUGAGGUGUCUCUUUGGGUUCUUUCUGUUUGAAAGGAUAUUUGGGGAAACAAAGAACAAAACCUUUUUAAGUAAAUUCCCCUGAAAAAUCCAAAACACUGGCCUCUGAGUAGGAAUAUGAAAAUGACAUCCUCUCCAAAUACUAAAUUGGAAAACAAUGUCUUUCCAAAAUAAUUGCACUUUUUUAAAAGGCAGAGCACUCCUUUUUUGGUGAUUUUGAUAAGCAAGGUGUAGAUUUACAUUUUUGUCCUUGCUCCCAAUGAAAUGGAUAAACAAAAAUAAAAUACCAUCUACUCAUGGAAUGUUGUUGUGUUAGCCAGUCUGAAAGCCCACCUUAAUUUUUAUAUAACUGUCUUUUAGCUCUUCUUUUGACAGGGCAGGCCUUGUUCUGAACUGUUCCGCUUCUGACUGUUAAACACCGAUGACGCAUGCGCUGCACUUCGUUUUCUUCUCGCUCCCCCAUUGGCCUGAGUUUCUUGUGCAUUCCUCCUCUCCCUCCUUCAUUAGAAUAGGUAUAUCAGCUGUGUAAAUAGAGCAAGAAAACGGUAUUCUGCAUCUGUGGCAUUUAUGUAGAGUUGCAGUUGUGUACUGCUGAAAAUGCAGGCUUUUGUAACAAUGUGAUCUUUACUGAUGCACUCAUGACAAGUACCCAAUGUAUUUAGCUAUUUUAGUAGUAUUUGUUCAAUAAAUAUGCAAGCUGUAAGGUAA